GAGAGGGGGGGUGGGGGGGGGACACGGCUGAAGUCCCCUUCUCCUUCCCUGUGGCGCGCGGGGGAACGGGAACUGACAUGCCGCGCUGGAGGACCAGCCGACGCUUUCUCCACCGUUUCCCAAGAGCACCGGCGACCAGACGCCUGCGGAGGACGGACCGCGGAGUUUGAGCCCCGUUCGGGCGUUCUUUUCCUUUUUUUUUUUCUCCUCCACGCUCCUUCUUCUUCUCGUCCGCAUCCCACGUGUGUGCGACCCCACCCCCCCCCCCCCCCCCCCCCCCCCCGCCCGGAGGUGUGGAGUGCAGCAUGACUAGCUGUCACUACCCCAGCGCCACCCCUGAGAGGGAGCGGAUGUACCAGCACAAGGUCUCCCUGGUGGUGCGCUACUUCAUGAUCCCCUGCAACAUCUGCCUCAUCCUCCUCGCCACCUCCACCCUGGGCUUCGCCGUGCUCCUCUUCCUCAACAACUACAAACCUCCCUUCACCCCAACGCCGCCCCCGGAUGGCUGCCGCGGGGUGCUGUGUGGUUUCGGGGCGGUGUGCGAGAAGACCCCGGCAGACCCCUCCAAGGGCGAGUGCGUGUGCAAGAAGACGGCGUGCCCGUCGGUGGUGGCGCCCGUGUGCGGCUCCGACUCCUCCACCUACUCCAACGAGUGCGAGCUGGAGAAGGCGCAGUGCAGCACGCAGCGGCGCCUGAAGGUGGUGCGCAAGGGGCCCUGCGCCCUGAAGGACCCCUGCAGCGAGGUGACCUGCAGCUACGGCAGCACCUGCGCGCAGUCGUCCGACGGCCUCUCGGCCAAGUGCAUGUGCCCGCUGAGCUGCGGCGCGCCCGGGGACCAGCCCGUGUGCGGCAGCGACGGCAGGGACUACCCCAGCGAGUGCGAGCUCCACAAGCAGGCCUGCGCCGAGCAGAAGAACAUCCGCAAGCAGCACCAGGGACCCUGCGACCCUUGUAAGGACACGGAGAACAACCUGAACAUCGCGUGUCGGGUGGAGGCCCACAGCCGCCGCGCCCUGACCUUCGACCUCCCGGCGUCCUGCCCGCCGGGCGGCGAGCCGCUCUGCGCCAGCGACGGGCAGACGUACGACGGCGAGUGCCGGAUGCAGCGGACCGCCAUGCUGAAAGGGGUGGAGCUCCGGCAGAUCCACCCGGGCAGGUGCAAGAAGGAAGAGGAGUGCAAGGAGGAUUGCCAGUUCAACGCCGUUUGCGUGGUCGAGGUCAGGGCCCAGCGCUGCUCCUGCGAGCCGAUCCAUUGCGACGGGACCUACAAGCCCCUGUGCGGCAAGGACGGGCGCACCUACGACAACGACUGCGAGCGGCGCCUGGCGGAGUGCCAGACCAAGACCCACAUCCCCGUCAAACACAAGGGCCCGUGCGAUCUGCACGUGCCCAGUCCGUGCCGGGACAAGAGCUGUGAGUUUGGGGCGGUGUGCGUGGUGCAGGACGGGGAGCCGGUGUGCGAGUGCCCGGGCGCCUGUGCCCAGACGGGGGACCCUGUGUGCGGCAGCGACGGCCAGACCUACGGCAGCCAGUGCGAGAUGAAGGCCAUGGGCUGCGCCCUGCAGAAGGAGAUCCACAUCCAGCACAGAGGCCCGUGCGCGGAGACCUGCCGGAACUGCUCGUUCGGGGCGAUCUGUGACGGGCAGACGGGGCGGUGCGUGUGCCCGACCGAGUGCGUGGACUCCCAGCAGCCCGUGUGCGGCUCGGACGGACACACCUACGACAGCGAGUGCGAGCUGAAGAAGGCCAGGUGCGAGAAGCAGGAGCAGCUGGAGAUCCAGGGCCAGGGGCCGUGCCCAGCUACGCCCCCACCUGGCUUGACUCAGCAUUGUAGUCAGACCGUGUAUGGCUGUUGUCUUGACAACACAACGGCUGCUCUUGGCGUGGGACUGGCUGGCUGCCCCAGUACCUGUAAGUGUAACCCGUACGGCUCGUACGGGGGCGCGUGCGACCCCACGAGCGGGCAGUGCUCCUGCAAACCCGGCGUCGGCGGGCAGAAGUGCGACCGCUGCGAGCCGGGGUUCUGGAACUUCCGCGGCAUCGUCACGGAGAGCACCAGCGGCUGCACCCCGUGUAACUGCGACGCCCUGGGCUCUGUGAGGGACGACUGCGAGCAGAUGUCGGGCCUGUGCUCCUGCAAGGCGGGCGUGAAGGGCGUCAAGUGCAGCGUGUGUCCGGACGGCAGCCAGAUGAGCGCCAGCGGCUGCGAUAAAGGUCCCGACGCUCCCGCCUCCUGCGACGAGAUGGAGUGCAAGUUUGGCGCGUCCUGUGUGAAGGUCAACGGCCAGGCCCACUGCGAGUGCCCCUCCCCAGACUGCGACAAGGAAAAGAAGACCAAGGUGUGCGGCUCGGACGGGGUGACCUACGCCGACCAGUGCCAGCUGAGGACCAUCGCCUGUCGCCAGGAUCAGGACGUCACCGUCAAGCACCCCGGCCAGUGCUCAGAGACCGGUCUGCCCCCUGGGCCAACAGCCAGCCCCACACCGUCCCCAACCACCCUCCUCACCACACCCUCCGUCACCCAUGCCAAGGAUAUGGUUACGGAGGUCACCGGGAAACCCUUGUCUACGAAGCCCCUUGUACCGAGGAGGAUGGACAAGCCUAUAGCCAUCACCACCUCAGAGCCCGCCACCCAGCCCACGCUGUCCCAGACCACGACCUCUCCUCCAGAGACCACCCCUGGCCCCAGCCCCAGCGCCUCCCCCACCCCCUUCGAUGGGUCUGGCAGCGGGGAUCCCAGUGGUGACGACGAUGCAGAGGGUAGCGGCGAAAAGGAGGCUAGCGGGGAGGAGCCAGCCGACCAAACCGGAGAGGAGACCACGCCCCCUGACCCCAAGGUCCGCUCGUCCUGCGACAACAGCCCCUUCGGCUGCUGUCCCGACGGCAUCACGCCCACCAGCGACUCGGAGGGAAGCAACUGUCCCCCCACCGUGAAGUUCGGCGGCUUCCUGCACCUGGACCAGGUGGAGGGCCAGGAAGUCUUCUACACCCCGGAGAUGGAGGACCCCAAAUCUGAGCUUUUUGGGGAGACUGCCCGUAGCAUUGAGAGUGCUCUGAAUGAGCUGUUCCGAAAAUCACAUGUUCAGAAGGAUUUCAAGAGUGUCCGGGUCAGGAGUUUGGCCCCCAGCAAUUCCAUCCUGGCGUUUGUGGAGGCCCACUUUGACCCAGACACCAGGUACGCUGUGGAGGAAAUCGAGGGGGCUCUGCUCAAACAGCUGAAGUCUGCCAAGGAGGCGGCCAUAGUUGUGAAGAAGCCAGUGGCGGAAAAUAUCCAUUUCAGUAACAAUGCUCUUCCCUUCUUCACCACCACCACAAUCACCAUGGCAACGUCAACCGCAACAGUGCCGGCCACCCCCGCGGCCCCCACCGCAGCCCUGACCACGCGCCGCCCGGGCACCACCAGCUGGCUGGGCACCACCCGUCGCCCCCCGCCCCCCGGCCGCAGGACCACCGCGGCCGCCCAGAUGACCACGCCGCACGCCACCACCUCGCCGCCGCUCACCACCCCUCCCCCGAGGACCAGGCUGGUGCCCGCGCGCAGGAAGCCCUCGCAGCCGUGCGACUCGCACCCCUGCCAGCACGGGGGCACGUGCGAGGACGACGGGCCCGACUUCGCCUGCAUCUGUCCCGCGGGGAGGGGCGGGGCCGUGUGCGAGAAAGUCAUUAAAUACUUCAUCCCGUCCUUUGGGGGGAAGUCCUACCUGGCCUUCACGACCAUGAAGGCCUACCACACCGUCCGCAUCGCCAUGGAGUUCCGCGCCUCGGAAACGACCGGUCUGCUGCUCUUCAACGGGCAGAACGGCAAAAAAGACUUCCUGUCUCUGGCGCUGGUGUCCGGCUACGUGCAGCUCAGGUUCAACACGGGCUCGGGGACGGGCACGCUGCAGAGCUCGGUGGCGGUGCGGCCGGGCCGCUGGCACCACCUGGAGGUGACCCGGAACCGGCGCAGCGCCGCGCUGCGGGUGGAUGGCGAGGACCCGCCCGUGGAGGGGAAGAGCCCGCCGGGCACCGACGGCCUCAACCUGGACACCGACCUCUUCAUCGGGGGCGUGCCGGAGGACAUGGCUCAGGACGUGAAGGAGCGGACCGCCGUCUCCACGGGCCUGGUGGGCUGCGUGCGCAUGCUGGACGUGAACAACAUGGUGUACAACCUGCAGGAGAAGGGCGGCCAGGUGCUGUACGGCUCGGCGGUGGGCGAGUGCGGCAACGACCCCUGCCUGCCCAACCCCUGCAAGAACGGGGCGUCCUGCCAGGUCAAGGAGGCCGAGAUGUUCCACUGCAAGUGCGCCAGCGGCUUCUCAGGUCCCACGUGUGCGGACACCCACAACCCAUGUGACCCAAAUCACUGCCAUCCCUCCUCUCAGUGCAAGGUCCUGCCAGAGGGCGGGUACAAAUGCGAAUGUCCAAUGGAGCGUGAGGGAAAGCACUGUGAAAGAGUAUCCAAGACAGACAAGAAUGAGGCCUACAUGCCGUCCUUCAAUGGGGACUCCUACCUGGAGAUGAAAGGCCUGCACACCUUUGGCCAUGAUCUGCAAGAAAAAGUGAACAUGACGGUGGUUUUCUUAGCCAAUGAUUCCAACGGCCUCAUCUUCUACAACGGGCAGAAGGACGACGGAAAGGGAGACUUCAUCUCCCUGGGGCUCAACGACGGCAUUCUGGAGUUCCGAUAUGACCUGGGCAAGGGCCCUGCAGUCAUCAGGAGCCGGGAGAAAGUCAAGCUGAGCGCGUGGAACACGGUCAAGCUGGAGCGCGUCAGCCGCAAGGGGGAGAUCAGCGUCGACGGCGGGGAGCGCGUCCGGGGGGAGUCGCCGAAAUCGCGAAAGAACCACAACAACGCUCUCAACCUGAAGGAGUCUCUGUAUGUGGGCGGGGCUCCAGAUUUCAGCAAGCUGGCCAGAGCGGCCUCUCUUAGCAGUGGCUUCAAAGGGGCUGUGCAGAAGAUCAUACUUAUGGGCAUCCCAAUCCUGAAGCGAGAGAACGCGCUGAGCUCCAGUGAUGUGUCCACGUUCCCCCACCACCCCUGUGCUCAAGGUGUCUGCAAGAACGGGGGCCAUUGCCUACCCCAGUUGGAGGGCUACGAGUGCGUGUGCAAGCAUGGUUUCUCUGGGACGGACUGCAAAAACGGAAUUGUUGAGAAGUCAGCGGGACAGGCGGAUUCCAUUGCCUUUGAUGGCCGGACAUUCAUCGAAUACCAUAACGCGGUUUCCAAGAGCCAAGUGACCAAUGAGAUCCCAAAUCCUGAGUCACCUCAGAGGCUACCAGACAAAAGCGAGAAGGCGAUGCUGACCAACGCGUUUGAGCUGAGCAUCAAGACGGAGGCCACGCACGGCCUGCUGCUGUGGAGCGGGAAGGGCGCGGAGCGCUCCGACUACAUCGCCCUCGCCGUUGUGGACGGGCGCGUGCAGAUGACCUUCGACCUGGGCUCCAAGCCCGCGGUGCUGCGCUCGUCCGUGCGCGUCGACACCAACCGCUGGACACGCAUCAAGGCCAGCCGGACGCUGAGAGAUGGCUUCCUGCAGGUUGGUAAUGAGGCUGCAGUCACAGGGUCAUCCCCCCUGGGGGCCACACAGCUGGACACAGAUGGGGCUCUCUGGCUGGGUGGCCUGCAGAGGUCCUCAGUGGUCCGCCGUUUGCCGAAGGCGUACAGCACGGGCUUCACUGGCUGCGUGAGGGACGUCACUGUGGACGGCGUGGAGCUCCACCUGGUGGAGGACGCCCUGAACAGCCCCAGAAUACUACACUGUUCCGCCAAAUAGCCUGCCGCCACCUCCCCACGCACGCCACGUCAACAACUGCUGUAAUUAUUUUCUAUUUUUGUAUACUUUUCAUUGCUUUUUAUAUAUUGAAAAAAAAUACAUUGUCUUUAAGUUUGUCUUAAUUUUUUUUUUUGUUUUCAUUUUAUAUUGCUCUUGUUUUGUCAAUAUGUUUUUGUUUGGUUUUUUUGUUUGUUUUUAAACGCUCCUCUUUGCCAACACGAUCGUUUUUUCUUUUCUUUUCUUUUUUUUGAAUGAGUGUCACGGCUGCACAUGGUGUCGAAACAAAAGUCUGGCAUAGUUUUUAUUGCUUUUAAAGACAAAAAGAGAAACAUUGCUCUUUACUUGAACUGUGGUUGCACGACGCUGGUGCUGGUGUUUUUUUUCUGUUGCCUUUUGGUGCUGUGGGUUCCUCUUUGCUUUUGUAAAUGUGGCGUAAAUACAUUCCCUGUGUGAACAGCCGCUACAGUAUAUCGGUUAUGCAGUCUACACAUAUCACAGCCAAGAGUAUUGCAUGAGGGAAACAGUGUCUCCACACUUUGCUUGUGCCACUUUUACUUUUACGUACUCUAGAUAAACCACCUCUGUUUAAAAAGUCAGAGCAAGGAAAAUGCGUGUAUGUUUUUUAACUUAGUUUUUUUUUUUUUUUUUGUAGUUCUAGUUUCAGUGCAUCUGACCGCUGAGGCACUUAGCGCCCUCUGCUCCUCAACAAUCCUCAUCACUGUCUUCAUUUAUGCUUUGGAUCCUCAGCUUGAUCUGAGCACGUGCGGCAAAACGGCCAACUGACAUGGCACAUCAUCUGCGUUUUGCUACAGAUUAGCCGCAGAUGAUAGACGCACACCUGCCACAGUGAAUAUGUUAUGCUUAUUCUCGGGUUCACCUUGACAUGCAGGUGUUGAAGUGUCCAUGAGGGGAAAACGUAACUCAGCCAACUGAACCAUUCAUCUGCAUGCUGCUCUUUUCUUCCAAUUUCAUGUUUUGCUUUUUUUUAAAUUCCAAAACAUUUUUAUGACUUCUUGUAGAAAAAGCUCCUUAAAUGUUCUGGCAGUAUACAUAUCAAAAAACAUUGUUAUGGACUUUUUUUUCUCCGUAUAUUAUCUGCAUGUUCGAAGUGGCAGCAGAGCCUGGGGAUAUAACAACUUCUUUUUUUCAGUAAAAUUACGACUUCGAAUUGUGCCAUAAUAAGUGAAAUGUGAUUUAUGCCACCAGGGGGCACUGUCGUACACGCUAAACAGAGCACAACUAGUGGAAAGGAAGAGAGCCGUUCAGCGGUGCAGAAAAGUUGUCCGUUUUUAUGAGGGAUGAGUCGACAUACUCAUCGAGGAGAUGACCGCGUUUCAAAAACACCUUUUUUAACGAAAGAUCACCCUAGAUUGGUAAAACAGCAUCCCCAUAACCAGUGAUUAUUUUGUUUCGUUUUGUUUUUUUAAUAGCAGUGACAAUGAAUAAGCACAGUAAUGCACAUGCUGUGCAGGUAUGUUUGAUAACCAUUGUGAGGAGAGGUGCAGUGUGUGAGUGUGUGUUCAGCCACCUCAGAAUGCAUGUCCUGACUAAACCUAUGUCCAGGUCUGUUUUAAGGAAAAUACAGAGAAGAGUCCUGCCAGUAAGUGGAUCGAACACUUAAUCCCAAUCGACAGCCUGAUGAACAACUCUUAUUUUUCAUCUUCCAAUGCAUAUUUUAAGUUUUUUUUUUUUUAAAUAUAUUUUCCCCUUUAGAGAUGUAAAAGAAAGCCUUUUGUACAGCUCUGCAAUUUGAGAUGUAAAUGAACAAUGUAUAACUGUGGAGAUCCUUUUUUUAGUGUUAUACACUGGAACCAUGUUGAACAUGCUAGAAUUCACUAAACUUACAGUACUUCAGUGUUCCUGUAUCAGUGUGAGGGAAGGGAUUGGGCAGGGGUUUCAAAAAACAUAUUUAUGUAUCUAUAUUUUAGGGUCAUUGAGUGGGAUUCCGGUUUGCAAGACUAAAACUACAGGGGAAAUUUUCAUUUUAUAUUGGCUAUGAGGGGCAAUUAUUCCAGCACUGUGCUCUAUACAUAGUAUGCUGUUGAAAUUAGUAUUGCAAGCAAGCAAAAGCAGCAACUUAAUUUAAUGAUUUUUUAAAAUAUAAAUAUAUUCUCAUUGUUGUCCUUUUUUAAUGUACCUUCUAUAGCUGUGGAUAUUAUGAAAUUCCUGUGUACUAGGAGUAUUAUUUGGAGAGAGAGAAAAAAAAUAAAUCACUGGAGCUCAAGGAAUAUGGGUAAGUGUCAUUACAGAAAUAGGACAGGUGAUGGGAUUAAAACUGUCUCAGAAAUGCCUUAAAAUCAACAGAUCACCCUGACACAGUGACUCAAGUCAGUGUCUACUUUUCUGUACGCUUACCAGUAUAUUAGUCUUCUAUUGGUAGCUAAUCAUGGUCAAUAUUUUUAUGAACGAUUAUCUAUAAGGGACUGAAAAUGAAUAACUUUUUUUUUCCAGGUUCCUUAUUUCAUGUCUUUGUGUGGAGUUCCAGUUUGGCCUUUGUAAACUACUGUUUAAAAUACUGAAAUAUACCUGAAGGAAUACCUGCACAGAAUAAGAACGGCAUGAUGAUACAAUUACUAACUUUAUUACUUGUGUCUUGUGUUCCUACCACCAUGAAAUAAAGUGUCAAAAAACAA